AUAAAAUUGAAUUAAAUAUAACAAUAAUAGCUAUUUUGAACUUUUGGAGCAUGCCAAAAAAGAAUUAUGCCCAUGAAAUAUAGAGUCAAACGUAUUUUCUAAUGAAAGGAAGAUUUCAAUAGAUGCCAAAGAAAAGAAUUUGUUCGCAGAGGCAGAAAAGCAGUUGAGUUCGAAACAAAAUCAGCCCAAUAUAUAUCUGUGCAUUUCUUUAACGAGGUCGAGGACACUAAGGUGAUUCCUGACCUUCAGCACUUUCUCUCAUAUAUAAAGAAUUUGCUGAAUAUAUAAAGCUACAAAAGAAGAGGGGAAAUAAAAUGGGAUCGAUUUUCAGCUCAGCCCAGAAGAGAGAAGAUAUAGAAAUGGCUCUUGCGAAGGCCAAGCAGAUUGUCUCGUCAAAACCUGUUGUGGUUUUCAGCAAAACAUACUGUGGAUAUUGCGGUAGGGUGAAAAAGCUUCUAUCCCAACUGAAAGCUACUUACAAAAUUAUCGAACUUGAUGAGGAAAGUGACGGUGAUGAAAUUCAGACGGCUCUUGCAGAGUGGACGGGGCAGAGGACUGUCCCAAAUGUGUUCAUAAAUGGCAAACACAUUGGUGGUUCUGACGUUGUAGCUGCAAAACACGAACGAGGCGAGCUUGUUCCGUUGCUUACUGAAGCUGGUGCUAUACUGAAAUAAUCGACUUAAGCUGUAAAUAAUUAUUCGAGGAAAGAAAAUAAGCUUGAUAUGUGAAGAAUAAGUCUUAAUGACAUUUGUCUGCAAGUCGGUGGAUAAAUGUGUUCUAGAUGAGGGUGGGAGUGAAUUAAUGGUGAGAUUGAAGUUGAAAGUCCAAAUGGAGGUGAAUGGAGUUUCGGCAGAGGAUUUGGCUUUGCUUAGCGCACUAAAGGCUUAAUGAGGUGGGAGAAGAUUGCAGUGCAGCCUCUUUUCCGAUUGGAAGGUGCUUUUUUUCCGCUUGAUAUUGCAGAGGCAGAGGCCACUGGAUUUUCAUUAUUGUGCUCCAUAAAAGCCCUCCACCUUUCGAUCGUAGCUGCAUUUUCGGGUUCCAAGCUUGGAAUCUCACGCUUUUGAAGAAUCUCGAGAAUCUCUUCACUCUCGCCUAAAAGACGAGCAGCCUGGCGGAUGCUUUCUUCCCUCUCUUUGACGUUAUCACUGUGACACUUAAAUCUUAUCACACGCGCCAAAUUCGCCGAGAGACAAGCCGAAAGUAUGUCCGAGAUCAUGAUAUUCAACCUCUCGAACAACAGCUCCUCAUGUUCGUCAUCAUCGUGUGAUUCUAGGAGGAUAGUUUGAGUAAUACGGUACAUUGAGUUGGCUGCUAUGGCUUUGACCGGCCAACUAAGAGGGUCGUGCACGAGAAAGUUAUUAUUCGGGUCUGCCGUAAAAUUCUUGACCAUCUCUUGAGCAGUGGUCGAGAGUUUUCGCAACGGUGCUUUGCGGAGAUCCUUAUCGAGCCAUUUCCUGUACAGUUCGACUCCGACCCAGACAACCUCUGCUGCGUUUCUAAUGCUGGCUAAUUCUCUGUUUGUGUCGAGAGUUUUUUCUAUUAGAUUGGCAAAGUAGAGACCUUGGCUCACACCACUCAACAACUGGUCAGACUUUUGAUUUGCUAUGUUUGGAAGUGAAAUGGCGAUGCUCGUCAAGGUCACGACCGGCAGAGACCAGCAGUUGGGCGGUUCUUGUGAAUCAAUCAAACUUUCGACUCUUUCUCGCCUGUCGAAUUCUGCCACGCCGCUGAAGCUCACGGAUUUCUCGAGAAGCUCGAUUAAGUUUUUGUUGUUGUUUUGCUUACUUUUUCCGAUUCGGACAAGCUUAUCCACCUCGGCGCACAUGUUUCCGAGAGUCCUUUCAGACAGCUUGGCUUCGCCUUGGAGCCGUAGAACGUACUCACUCAAAUCAUCCAGACCUUCUUCACUCGGUGAUUCGCAUUUGAUGAAGUGGCUGAAGCAAAAGACUAGUCCUUGCAUAGAGACAGCGGAAGCGAGUAGAAGCAAUUUGCUGCCGAGAACAACAAGAAUCUGAAUUCCCAAACAGAAAUUCAGAAAUAAUCUCUUCGCAUCGUGAAGAGUUUUUUUGAACUUGAGGUCAUCAACACCGGUUUUCAAAGGCAGCGGCCUAUCUCUGCAUUGCAUCAGCAUAUGAGUCCAAUACGACUCGACCUUAAGUUCGUCUCUAAAGCCUUUGCAGCCAAUCUUUGUCGUGCUCUUGAGCUGAGCUGCAUUGAACCAUCUUAUCAAAGGAGCAACGGUACCCACCGCCACUCCAACGGUUUGAAGAACGAGGAUCCCUAGAAUGGACCACUUAUAUUUAGAACGCAACGUAGCAAAAUACUUUAGCGGUAUCCUAAUAUGAGCUUCUAAUAAUGUUAGAACCAUCAACAUACACAUCACGCCUACACUAACGCACGUCGCGGAGCGCGCCACCACAAACUGAGGGCUCCCGCUUUCGGCCAUCACCCAAUACCUCCGCAACAUUAGUCUUAGUUCACUUAUGGUCGCGUAAUAAUUAUUUUCCAUAACUAUCUUUCUGUGCAUCUGAUUGUACUGCAACUCUAUGUGUCUUUUGGACGAGGGCACCAUGAUGGCGGAAGAAGAUAAUGCCACAAGCAAAAGGAGCAUGCAAACAACGGAUACGAUUUCUUGAGCUACAGCUACUCGGUCGACAUAAUCAAGAGACAAAGUUCGAUUUAACCUUAUGCACACGUUCCCCGUGACAGUGAGCACAAGAAUGGCUAGGGAAGCCGUAUUCAGCACGAUUUCAUUGUUUGUCAUGGAUCCGAAAGAAGCCAUGAGAUUGGACAUGGCUGUUGACAUCAAGACUAGGCUGCUAACGCGUGCAAGUUUGUCACUGAAGCCCGGCAUAUCGGUAGUCAUAUCAAUGGGGAGUUUCAUGGCCACAGCCAAAAGGGUCAAGGAGAAAGCGUUGAGAGAGAAGUACUUGCAGGGGAACCACAGCUUUUGAGUGCGGAAACCUUUGAGUGCAUCGGCAGCCAUAGCCAACAAGCAGGCACCCGAAGCUGCUGCAAUGUACACGCCUACCCAUGGCAUGGGCGAAUCCAAAUUAUCUUGCAAGGCUUUAUCGUACUCUUGGAGGAAAACGUAGUUAUUGCAAGCGUCCAAGUCGUCGUAUAAAGGACCCAUAUCACUCACUCAAAACUGCUUUCAGGUUGUCUUUUUUUUUUUUUUUUUUU